AUGGGCCAGCGCACGAGUGCCCACUUGCGCCCGAAGAUAUCCCUGACGUGGGUCCUCCGGGGCCAGCAGCACCCCGUCGACUCCGACCCCAACAUCUUCGGGAAGAAUGGACUCAGGUCUUCCAGGAACCACCUGAAACCCAAUGACACCAUGAAAACCGGUGAUUUCACGAGGAAUGGCAUUGAAAAAUUCGAAAUGUCGUUGGAGAGCGAGAGAGUAGCCAGCAGACAGCUGGAGAACUUCCUCAAGUGCAAAAACAAAGAGGCAACAAAGGAAAAAAUGAAGAGGGCAAUUUCCGAGCCGAGUUUAGUGCUGAGGGAGUCAACAACACCGAGUGUCCAUGAAAAACAUCGGCAUCGGAGAGCCAGACGAACUCAUAAAACGAGGAGAAACAGCAGAUUUGGUUAUGAGAUCAAUGACCUCGAUUUAUUCCUCACCAAGGCGUCGAUAGAGAAGCCGGCGAACAUCCCAGUGGUGAUAUCCUUUACAUCCAUGUUGUAUCAGACGCAGGGAGGAAUUCAGGACGAGAUAGCUUUACCGUUGGGCACAGUAGUUAACGCUGUUUUUAAGAAUCAAGCCUGGCUGUAUGUGCAGACGCCCCAUGGACAGGAGGGCUAUGUGGGCUACUCGGCUUGCCUUCCUUUGGGCAUCCUGCCCCAGCCCACACGAGGGCCUUGUUGGGAAAACACGAAUGACGUGUUCCCUAGGCCAUUGGGCAACAUGACGGACACUGAAAAACUCCGCGAUGUCAGAUCCGAGUGCGGUGUCCGCACGUCGAGACGCCGAAGGGGUUCCCGAACCACAGUGUCGGCCUGUGGUGAACGGAGCGUCGACCGCCUGUACCUCAGAGCAGCGGCCAACGCCAAGAAAGCCGGCCCUCGUCAGACCCUUCUGAUCAUCCACAACGACUACACACCCCACGAGAAGGACUCCAUCGCCGUCUCCAAGGGAGACGUCGUUGCCCUCCUCAGCGACUCCACGCAGGACUGGUUCUGGGUGAGGUCCAGGGACGGAAGGGAGGGCUUCAUCCCAGCGGUGGUCGCCGGUCACGGAUUCUUAUGA